GGAGUGCCACUACUCUGAUAUGGCAGAGGUCUAUCCUGUUUUUUACAAUUCAAAUUCUGGUUGGUCGAGAUGACUUCAUUAGCAUUUUCAGUUGGGAAUUGCUCUUCCACAAAACUAAGCACACCCACUGCAAGACUACUCAUUACAAGUCUUGAUAAAUCAGAUGUAUCAACUAUCAAAUUCCCAAGCCAAAACUGUUCUUCUCAGAGGCUGCAGCUAAAUGAGAACGAAACUUUGUUAAAGAGAAGAGAAGCCAUUGGAUUUGGCUUAUGUUUUGGUCUCAUUGAUGUUUUUUGGAAACCACAACCCAUUUCAGCAGCUGAAGGAACUCCACCAUGUGAGUUAAUUGUUGCCCCUUCAGGCCUUGCCUUCUGUGAUAAAGUCGUGGGGUAUGGCCCUGAGCCUGUCAAAGGGCAACUCAUUAAGGCUCAUUAUGUUGGGAGACUAGAGAAUGGGACGGUCUUUGAUAGCAGUUACAAUCGGGGAAAGCCUCUAACCUUUCGCAUUGGUGCUGGUGAGGUCAUUAAAGGGUGGGAUCAAGGCAUUCUAGGUGGUGAUGGAAUUCCUCCCAUGCUUGCUGGAGGAAAACGCUUGUUAAAGAUUCCUCCAGAACUUGCAUAUGGCAUGAGAGGAGCCGGCUGUAGAGGAGGUUCAUGCAUUAUCCCUCCAGAUUCAGUUCUUCUGUUCGAUGUAGAGUUCAUUGGCAACGCAUCAUGAGAAUCUAGAAACAUCUGGAGUGCCUAAAAGACUCGAUUUUUCCCAUCCAAAAAGCAGUGAUGAGAUUUUAUUUUUUUGUACUUAAUAACAUACCAGAUGUUUUAAUUAUGUGAGAGAUGAGUUGACAAUGUAUUUAAGGACUCAAAAGAGCAAGGUGAGUGCAAGAAUUAAGUAUCCUCUAGUUUAAUGUUUCUGAAAAUUGUACAAAGAAGCUAUGAUCAAGCUUAACAGGUGUACUGAUAUAAUUUAAAAUGCAGCAGCCUUAUGUCAUGAUAUGAAGCUUAAUAUGAGGUUCAUAUUUUAUGGAA